AUGAGGGUAGGACGGGCCCGAGCCGUCAGGCUGCUCCUCUUGCUUGAACUUCUUCAGUUCUCCUCUUCGUAUCUUUCUCCUCCUCCUCCUCCUCCCUCUCCUGUCCCGUCUUCCUCGACGAGACUGGAAGACUCACUGUCUCCUGAGCUGCACAUCCUUCUACCGCGAAAUGGCGAGGGCGUGAGGGUGGAAGGAGAUAAUGGUGUGCACUUGCUGUUUCAAGUGCUCGGCGUGGACAUGGAAGAGCAAGGUGUGUUGAUACAGGUCGAAGUAGACGACCGUGAUUUUCUCUUCAACACCUCUCACAUAAGUGGGCGAGUGAAAAUGGAACCAGGGUGGCACGGAAUCCGAGCUCAGCUCAUUCCUGCCCGACAUGCAGAGGCUGCGUGGAAGAUGCAUCCUCAUAGCGUAGCAGAGACUCGCUUCCUGGUGCAUGAGCCUGAACGACUUCCCGGUCAGCUCACGAAGGUGGAGGAGGGAAAUAGAGAUUUGUGCUUGUUGAUCGGAACGGUGCGGAUCGGAGCACGCGAGGGCUCGGGGACUGACGGAGAAGUCAGCAUCAGAUUCCAUAGCUCAGAAGCGACUGAAACGGUCACCCUGCAAUCGACUGAUCGCCUGCUACAGGACGCAUCGCGAAGUUGCUUCUCCAUGGGAAUUAGAUGCUCGGCCUGGCCCUUGACGCAUGCGACAGUGACGCAUAGAACAAACAACUCAUGGCGCGGCCUCUUCCUGGAAGACAUCAAGACUUCUCUUGUCUACAACUGUAGCCUUUGCGAGGCAUCGGGGAUGCUAGAUGCCAAGUCUUUGCGCUCUUGUUCCUUGUGCGAUGCGUUCACCUUGGAGCAUGCGGCGACAAGCUCCUCGUGUGAGCUUGAGGUCAUGCAGGGUGAGGAGGGAGGAGCGUCUGCGAACGAAGAGGCCAUGGGCGAGGACGUCUCGUCUCAUCGCUCCUCCCUGUUCGUUUGUAACAGGUGGUUCGAUGAAGAGAGCGGGGUCUCGGGGGUCUGCCCUAGCCUAGACGUUAUUAACGGGAAAAGCAGCGCAGCCAUGGCUUGCGCUCCUUCUCCGCAUAGUGGACAACGAUCGAAAGAUGUCGAACAUGACCAAGUGUGUAUGAGCGCGAAUGUCUUUCAAGACCAGGUCAAGUGGGUGACCAACUCUCGCCUGGGGGUGUCGGGCAUGAUGGGAAACCAACUGUUUCAGCUCGCGACUCUCAUCGCGUUCGCUCAUCGUCAUCAAGACAUGCAGGUGGUUAUCCCCGAUAUCCCUUGGACUGGCAGAGAGCAGGAGAGACUCAGACUCUUCGAGCUGCUUGACCUCCACAUACCUCUGAUUCCUUUCGGCUACCUGCAAGUGCGAGUGCAAAGUACGUUUGUGGAGAAGCAGUUCCAUCACGACGAGAGCGUCAUGAAGACAGUGAGGAGGAGGUCAGGAAACCAGGAAUGGGUCUUGAUGCUCAGAAUGAGAGAAUUCCAGGUUCGAUCAAAGAUGAAAAUUCGACCGGAGCUGAAGAGGCGUGCUGCUGCUGUUCUUGAGCAAGUCCGAUCCGACUUUGGCUCUCAAACGUUGAAAGGACCUGUCGGCGAUAGCAUCGCUCCCCACCUGCUCAUGGACUCGAACUACAUCCAACGAGCAACAGCUGAGAUGGAGAGAGGAGACUGGUGUGGCAGCGAGCCUUGUGUCUACCUGGUGUUUGCCGACACUCCAGCAGACGUCCAGUGGUGCAGAGAAAACAUCCCCGCAAACAUCCGCACGAAGUUUUACAGUGACUACGUUCCUCUGAUGUCCACAUGGGAGAAAGGAGCAGGUAUCGCGGCAUGCGACGGCCAUGUCGUCUCCACCUCGACCUUCAGCUGGUGGCGGAAGAGGAGAAAGUGCGGGUGA